GUCGGUGUGUGUCUUCGCAGAGGCUGGUGUUGCAGCUGACGAGGUGGCAGGUAAUAACGUAGUUUUUUUCAUCUUGGAUCAACCAUGGCCUUCAGCAAGGGUUACCGCAUUUACCACAAGCUGGACCCACCCCCCUACAGUGUCAUAGUGGAAACUAGGAGCCGGGAAGAAUGCCUCAUGUUUGAAUCUGGGGCUGUUGCCGUCCUGUCGGCAGCAGAGAAGGAGGCCAUUAAAAACUCGUAUGCCAAGAUCCUUGAUGCCUAUGGUAUCCUGGGAGUCCUCCGCCUAAACCUGGGUGACUCCAUGCUCCACAGUCUGGUGGUUGUGACAGGAUGCAGCUCUGUGGGGAAGGUGCAGGAUUCUGAGGUUUUCAGGGUCACACAGACAGAUUUUAUAUCGCUGAAGAAUGAUCCAGGAGAUGAGGACCGGAUCGCUGAAGUGCGAAAGGUCCUGAACUCAGGACACUUCUACUUUGCCUGGUCUGCCUCUGGUGUCAGCAUGGACUUGAGUCUCAAUGCACAUCGCAGGAUCCUAGAGGACACUACGGAUAACCGCUUCUUUUGGAACCAAUCUCUGCACCUGCACCUGAAACACUACGGAGUAAACUGUGAUGAUUGGCUGUUGAGGCUGAUGUGUGGCGGUGUGGAGAUCAGGACAAUCUAUGCCGGGCACAAACAGGCCAAGGCCUGCAUCUUCUCCCGCCUCAGCUCAGAGCGGGCUGGCACACGAUUCAACGUCCGAGGAACAAAUGACGACGGGCAGGUGGCCAACUUUGUGGAGACUGAACAGGUUAUUUUCCUGGAUGACAAUGUCUCAUCAUUCAUUCAGAUCCGUGGGUCCAUUCCUCUUUUCUGGGAACAGCCAGGAAUCCAGGUCGGCUCUCAUCGUGUCAAACUCUCAAGGGGAUUUGAGGCAAACGCACCAGCAUUCGAAAGACACUUUACUACACUGCGGAAGCUGUAUGGAAAACAGGUGAUCAUCAACCUGCUUGGGAGUAAGGAAGGGGAACACAUGCUCAGCAAAGCUUUUCAGAGUCACCUGAAGGCAUCAGAGCAUGUAUCAGCAGUGAAGAUGGUGAACUUUGACUACCAUCAAAAUGUGAAGGGGGGCAAAGCAGACAAACUCCACAGUGUCCUCAAACCCUACCUCAGCAAGUUCAUAGAAGAGUGUGGGUUCUUCUACUACUCUGGAGAGAUGGGCAUCGCCAGGACUCAGGGUGGGACCCUUAGGACCAACUGCCUGGACUGUUUGGACAGAACCAACAGUGUCCAGGCAUUCUUUGCCCUUGAGAUGCUGCCAAAGCAGCUGGAGGAAAUGAGUCUGACAGAGAAACCCCAGCUGGUGGCCCGGUUCCAGGAGGUCUUUAGGACCAUGUGGUCUGCCAACGGAGACUCUGUCAGUAAGAUCUACGCGGGUACUGGUGCCCUGGAUGGCAAGGCCAAGGCGGGAAAGCUUAAAGAUGGCGCUCGUUCUGUGACGAGGACCAUCCAGAACAACUUCUUUGACACUUCCAAGCAGGAGGCUAUAGACAUCCUGAGGCUGGGCUCCACUCUCAACAGUGAUUUGGCAGAUAAGGCUCGGGCCUUGCUCACCACUUCCAGUCUUUAUGCCUCCCCAAGAGUUUUGCUGGGAAUGUGUCAGAACCACCAUAAAUACACGAGGCCCAAGCAGAUCCGGGUGUGCGUCGGCACCUGGAAUGUCAACGGGGGUAAACAGUUUCGCAGCAUUGCUUUCCGCAACCAGACGCUCAACGACUGGCUGUUGGAUGCCCCAAAGAAGGCAGGGCAUCCUGAGUUCCAGGACAGCAAAGCAAACCCCAUUGAUAUCUUUGCCAUCGGUUUUGAGGAAAUGGUUGAACUAAAUGCUGGCAAUAUUGUCAGUGCGAGCACUACAAACCAGAAACUAUGGGCAGCUGAGCUGCAAAAAAACAUAUCGCGGGACCACAAGUAUGUGCUGCUUGCUUCGGAGCAGCUGGUGGGAGUUUGUCUGUUUGUUUUCAUCCGCCCACAGCAUGCACCCUUCAUCAGGGAUGUUGCUGUAGAUGUAGUUAAAACUGGGAUGGGCGGGGCUACAGGCAAUAAAGGAGGUGUGGCCAUCCGCCUGCUCUUCCAUACAACCAGCAUCUGCUUCGUCUGCUCCCACUUUGCUGCUGGCCAGUCACAGGUCAAGGAGAGGAAUGACGACUACAGUGAGAUCACACGCAGACUCACCUUCCCCAUGGGUCGUCUGCUGUACUCGCAUGACUACGUUUUCUGGUGUGGAGACUUCAACUAUCGAAUCAGCCUGCCCAACGAGGAAGUGAAAGAGCUAAUCAAACAGCAAAACUGGGAUGCCUUGACAUCUGGUGACCAAUUGUUGGACCAGAAGAAUGCGGGUUUGGUGUUCCGAGGUUUUAUCGAGGGGAAGUUGGAUUUUGCUCCCACCUACAAGUAUGACCUCUUCUCAGAAGAUUAUGACACCAGUGAGAAGUGCCGCACACCUGCCUGGACUGACCGCAUUCUCUGGAAGAGGAGGAAGUGGAACUUUAAUAAGUCAGCUGAGGAGAUGAAUGUUGUAGGAGCAGCUUCUACAUCUGGGGAGAAUGACGACGAUCCAGAUAACCCCUGGAGCCCAGGCACUCUGAAGUACUAUGGCAGAGCUGAGCUUAAGACCUCAGACCACAGGCCCGUGGUGUCAAUAAUAGACGUGGACAUCCUGGAGGUCGACCCGGAGGAGCGACACCAGGUCUACAAAGAAGUCAUCGCCCUGCAGGGGCCUCCAGACGGCACCAUCCUGGUGUCCCUCUGCGCCUCCGGCCCUGACGACUACUUUGACGACGCUCUCAUAGACGAGCUGCUGGACAAGUUUUCUAAUUUUGGAGAGGUCAUUCUCAUCAGGUUUGUUGAGGAGAAGAUGUGGUUGACUUUCCUGGAAGGUUACUCUGCUCUUGCUGCUCUUUCUCUCUGCGCUUCCACUGUCCUUGGCCAUGUGAUUGACAUCCGUCUGAAGAGUCCAGGCUGGAUCAAGAGUCUGGAGGAGGAGAUGAGUGUGGAGAGAAUCUGUGGAAGCAUCCCCACCUCGGCCAGCUCCACCCUGCUUGCUGAGGACACGGACAUGGGCGAUGAUGACUAUGAUAUGGAAGGUGAUGUGGACGAUGAGGUGGAGGAGAUCCUUCCCCAGCACCUUCAGCCCGGAGCAGGCUCAGCCCCCGGAUCCUCCCCUCUCCCCUCCCCCGGUAGUCCCUGUCCCUCCCCCACCCACGGAGAACCUGUCGCCCCUGGCAGGUCUAGUCACGGAGGACAACCCUCCCGACCAUCACAAGGGCCUCCCGUUGACUUUCAGCCUGGUGCCCCCACAUCUCAAGAGCCCAAACGCCCGCCUCCCCCUCGUCCCCGCCCCCCAGCCAGACCAGCACCUCCUCAACGCCCACCACCACCUUCAGCUCGAGGCCAGGUAGCAGUUGGAGCUCCUGGACCUGGGGGUGUUCCCAGACCCAAUAUCCCUCCUCGAGCAGGGGUAAUCAGUAUGCCCCCUCAGUCUCGCCAACCACCUCCCUCUCACCCUGGAGCACCCAGACCAAUCCCAGAGGUGCAUCCUGGGGCCCCUCGGCCCAUCCCAGACACCCACCCCGGAGCCCCACGACCUGUGGCCAGUGGCCAGGUCAAACCGACUGACCUGCCUCUGGGCCCCCCUCCAUCAGGUCCUCCUCCUACGGAGCCCCCUGCAGCAAGACCCCAAGUCCCAUCACCCAUGCAGCCACCCAUGCAGCCACCCAUGCAGCCAACCAUGCAGCCACACAUGCACCCACCCAUGCACCCACCCAUGCAGACACCCAUGCAGCCAUCCAUGCAGACACCCAUGCAGCCCCAACCAGCUGCCCCUACAGUUCAGUCCCAACUCCCUGCACCGAUGCAGCCCACACUUCAAGCUCCACUCCUGCCUCAGCAAGCUGCCAGAGUAGGGCCCCCUCCUGCUGCUGCCGCUGUUGGCCUUCCACAAGGUCUCUCCUCUCCUAAGGCCCCACCACGCUCCCGCUCCUCUCACACUCUGCCACCCGAUGCUGCCAAGUCUGAGACAGCCCCAGCUGCGCAGACCAAUGGACUGAAUGGAAUCCAAAGAGAAGCACAAUGGAAGCCCGACCACUUCGACACACUUGCUUCUGAGUUCCUCUCCUCCUCGUCAUCCUCCUGGCACACCACCCAGUCUCUGACCAGAGGCUCCUCCCUGCGUGCCCCCCCCUCUGUUCCCGCCUCCACGUCUGCGUCAUCCAGCACUCUCCCCUCAUCCUUCUCCCUCCAGCCCUCCGCUCUGUCAGACCUGCAGGCACUCGAUUCGUCGUCCUCCUCCUCACUUUCCACCCCGUCACCGUUAGCCUCCUCCCUGCUCCCGCCUCCUCCGGUCCCGUCCCGUAGCCGCUCGCAGGAGACCCUGCGUGCCUCCCCCGGCCCCCUCCCGACCGACCCUCUUCCAGCCCGACCCAGCAGCACUAAUCCCUUCACAGGCCCACUGCCGCAUCAGCAGCCCCGCUCGCUCACCCCGGACUUCAGCGUCCAGCGUCCCGCCCCGACACCAAACAUUCAGAGGACCAUGUCUGCUUUUACUCAACCACUCAUCCCCACCCUUGCUCCAACAGCAGCCCCUACCGCUGCACCCACCUUCCAGCUCCAAAGGACCGCGUCCCUAUUUGGUCCGUCAUCCACUUUUCCUUCUACGCCUGCUCCUCUGCUCCCCCUCGCCCCAUCACCUAUCCCCUCCUUGCCCCUGGCAUCAGCCUCCUCCAUUCCGCCCGUCCUCGCACCUCAUCGCCAGCCCCCUCCCCCAGGAGGGAAACCGACCCAGCGCUGGGUCACUUUUGAUGAUGAUUUGGGUUUUCAACCUCCAACCAAAACACCACAGGCCCCCCUCCUAACCUCCAGUUCCCUAGUGUCCCAAUCUCAACCCUCAAGCUCUGUGUUUGACUCCGAGCCCGACUGGUUAUCCUCGGUUCCUUCAGUAUUCCCAACUCUCCCUCCUCCCGUCCCAGGUAGAACUGUAAACAGUAACCCAAAGCCCCCAGAGGGACCCAGCGACGACUGCUUCUUCCGCAGGGAGUAAAAGGAAAGACAGGAUCAUUCUUAAUAUGUAAAGGGCAUAUCUAGAUAUGUAUAGAUCUAUGAUAAAUUGUAUAUGUGUGUGUGUGUAUGUACAAAAGAGACAAUAUUUAAGAAGUAUAGACCAAUCCCCCUCUGAAUCACAGGAAAGGAAUCACGUCUCGAGCAGUAACAUGACAAGUGUAUGGGCCUCAACGUGUGUUCCAACUUUACCACAGAGAUGUUUGCUUGUUCCCUGAUGUUAACUUUAUUUUAAUAUGAAUUGUUCUGAUGUUUAUUUUUAUUCAUGGCAGCAAACAUGUGCCUGUGUCUAUGGUAUAGAAUAUAUAUAAAAGUACAUCUAUACACACAAAUCAUGUGUUUAUCGUGUGCAAUAUCAAAAGAUUUCUGUGUGGCCGUGCAGCACAUUUCCUUCGCCUGCGUGGGUCAGUGUUAGCUUGGCGUUUGCUACGUUUGCUGACACACACGCACACACUGCGGUUCAUAUCCAUCCGUCUGACUAAUCUGUACAUCAGAGCGGGAUAUUCAGAGUAGCGGGUAAUCUUCUACCUUCUCAGUUUACAUGUAGUAGAAGGCUAUGCACUGCAGGUUUUUAUAUUUGCCCCCAAAAUAGAGUUUGUUGUAGGUUUUUGUUUUUUUUCUGUUCUUUUGUGUCUGAGGGGUGCAAAUUUAAAAGUCAAAUUGUGAGCUUGCUUUUAUCAUGAAUGUACUUUAUGAUGCACCGGGUUUUGUCAUUGUCUCCUUGCUGACACCACAGAGUGAACCAGAACAGCACGAGUCGGUGUCAUAGUAGUCAGUCAAACUGUUCACUGCCGCAAGACUGAUGUCAUAUCGUCCACUUGAUGGCGACCCAUUUUGUUCUCGCUCUAUUUCAGUCAUCGCUCUUUGUCAAUGGGCUGUUACGCUGAGCUGAAUAUAUUUUGUAGCGCUUUAUAUCAAAAAUCUAUACAUAGUGAUUAUGUAUCAAUGUAUGUUAUUCGACAUGGAAAGGACUCACUAGAUGUGCAUUAGUGAGUUUGUGAUUAUAUCAGCGAUUUGCACAAUAUAACUGAUGCACUGAAAGGCUGCUCUCGGUUGUAUUCCUCCUGAUGGCUGGGUGACAAAAAUGAGAGCCGGCGGAUUGAACAGAUGGCCGUUCCACAUCUGAAGUGUUUUUGAUCAUUCUUGAUUUUAUCCAAAGCAUUUAACCACACUGUUGUCAGAUCAGAGAAUGUGGCGCAUGUAUACUGCUGUUAAGUACAAAUAUGGUGUGAUUUUAGGGUCCAGUGGCAUGGCAGCAAGGACAAGCCAUGCAUAAUAAUAUGAGGGCACAUUUUUGUUAAUUCAAAAUUUUGUUUAUUGCAAAAGCCAUGCUUUUAAUUUCUACAAACAUUUACUCAAAAAUAAUCUAUUGUUGAUACUGUGGAAGUAACGUGUUGUGUUUGAGGUGCAUAUCGUCUGUUGUCGUGUUUGACAGUGUUUGUGUUUGGAUGUGAGUGUGUGUGUGUGUGCGUGUGUGUGUGUACAGAGUUAAGAGUGGUAUAUCAGAGCUUGUCACUGAGGAAAUCCUCUCUCUCUUAAGUGCACACAAUGUAAUCGGUUCUGAACCAACAGCCACUGUAUUCACUCGAAAAUGGUUGUUACUGUAUUUCCGAUCCACAGCUUGCCACGGGCUGUGGAUUGGCAUCACUGUAUGCAAAAAUCAAAACAAUACAAGACAAAGGACUUUUUUUUUUCUUCCACAAAGCAUCCACCACCUGUGUGAAGAAUUCCACCAUAGCAACACUAACCGAAGAUUAUUCACCACCUUGACUUUACAGACUCAGCUACACUGUUUCCUCAAAUGCAUCACCAGAUUAUCAUUUCCAGUUGACGGUUUACUGCGUUCUUCCCAGGCGCAGUGUGGCCCACAUUCCAGACAGUGGUGUGACUUGAGUGUUGGGUGUCAAACUCUUUGCAGUGUUUGCAGGUCCAACUGUGAUAUCUAGCCCAUAGCUGUUUCCUCCAGUCAAGCUUAAUUGUUACUGAGCCUCACUGACUGUGUGACCAUUCAUGAGGUGUGUUUGUGGUGUUGUCAGAGGUGAUGUGUCAGUAGUUUGUUUUUUUUCCCUGUACUACCUUAUUUCACUCUUUCUGCUACUGUGGAGAUGUAUAGGUCAGUGUCUAUGCUGACAAUGAUGACGAGCAAUAGUUUUGCAAAAGGAUCAGUGAGAGUGCAAAUCCUCCCCGAACAUGACACAUGCCAGCAUCCAAUCAGAUGUUGCCCCCCCCCCCCCCCCCCCCAACCUUCAGAAAUGAUGUAACCGGCUGAAAUGUCUUAAAAUAAUUUCAAUGGCUCACGGAGGAUAAAACAUCAGACCCAAGAAAGUACUGACGCUUCUGCGCUUUGUUUAAACACAAUGUAAAAAAAAAAUAAUAAUAAUAAUUAUCUUUGUUCACUGCACUGAAAGCAUUAGCUAUCUAUGUAAGCAAGUGUAUCAGGCCGCCUUUGCUUACAUGUCGAUGUCAUCUCUAAAGCAUUCAUUGUGUUAUCCACAUGUGUGCAGUAGAUAAUGUAUCUGCAUUAACGGUAGUUGACUAGCCAGCGCUUUAUGUCAUGUUCAAGAUUGAGAUUUUAUAGGAAACACAUUGCUCCUUUUGUGAGGUUGGUGUCCCUUUUUAUGGUAAUAAUCCAUAGUAAAUAAAGAUUCUGUGUUGUUGAACAUAUUCUGUAUGUAUUAAAGAGAAACAUGAAACUGCAACUCAUGUUAAUAUCCAACGUUCCAUAUUUUAAAGUGCGAAGCUGAUUGCACAUUUAUGUACGAAGCAGUUUAUGUUGUAUGUAUGCAAAAAUAAAUGUAAGUUGACCCUGAAUGUUAAUGUUUAGUCUUCUCUGACUGCAGGC